AAAAACGCGCCUGUAUUCUCUCACACUUGAUACCUGGACAGACAGACUAUUUCCCUACAUAUAAUGAAGACAUUCAAGAGAACGCUCAAAGGAGAUAAACAUCACUCAGGCGAAUCUUUUGGGAAGGGUUCGGCCACACUCUCGCCCAAAUCGUCCGCCAGCGGUAAAGGUGGGCUCUAUUCGCCGACUAAGGUCGUUAAAGCAUUGUAUGACUACCAACCGCAAGGUCCAGGCGAGUUGCCAUUCACCAAAGGUGACUUUUUCCACGUAGUGAACGAGGACGACGAAGACUGGUACGAGGUGUCGAACCCGGCAACAAACUUGCGCGGAAUGGUUCCCAUCGUGUACUUCGAGGUGUUUGGUCGCUCACGCCCCGCUCAGACAUCACCACAAAAGAGUCCCGGCUUAGUUUCUCGCCUGGCCUCGACCAACGCAUCCAACAACUCCGGCCUCGGCACCUUGUACGCCAAGGUGAUGUACGACUUCCAUGCCGAACGGCCUGAGGAGUUGGAUGUUAGUGCAGGAGAGAACUUGAUUAUCUGUGCGCACCAUGAGCAGGACUGGUUCAUCGCCAAGCCCAUUGGCCGUCUUGGCGGGCCCGGUUUAGUGCCUGUGGGAUUUGUCCAGGUGAACGAUUUGGUCAACGGUGCAGCGGACCUGUCGCCUGUGGAGGUAAUUAUCCAGAAAUACAACUUACCAACGGUGCGUGAGUGGAAGGAGAAGAAUGCUAAAUACAAGGCCAGCUCGAUUCCGUUGGGCGACCCACUGGCAAAGGUUCCAGAGUCACCGCGAAUGGGCGAGCAAACCCGUGGCGAACCGUCAGGGCAUGUCACAUCACCACAGACCCGUACCCCGUCGCUAGCCCGCAUCUACGUCGUUGACGUUUCCGUCGAGAGCUUCGCCUUGCACAACGAUAAGUACUGGUACUUGGUGAAGCCUACGAUGUCUAAUGGUGUGGUGCGUUCGCUCUGCCGCUACUACGAAGACUUCUUUGACUUCCAGAUCAAGUUGCUUGACACGUUCCCCGACGAGGCUGGUAAGACUGUUGGGGUCAAGCGCAUCCUUCCAUUUAUUCCUGGACCACUCAUGACGGUCAACGAAUCUAUCAGCGCCCAGCGGCGAAACGACUUUGAUGUGUACGUCAAGAAACUCAUCUCCUUGCCCACACACGUCGCAAAGUCUGAGUUGGUCGUGGACUUGUUCGCGCUACGUGACGGCGACAGGGAAUUUGCCCCCGACCAGGACUACUUUGAGCUGCCCAACCCCCAGGCGAACGCGCACGCUAGUAACGCCCAAAACGAGAAUCGUAUCAGCGACCGCAACUCUCAUUCCCAGCGGUCGAUAGGCCGUGCUCUGACGUACCAGCAAGACCGCUUGUCGCAGUACUUGGAUGUGGACCGUAAUUCGCGCAUCUCUAUGCUCAAUGGCGCCUCGCCGCACAACAGUCUCCCGGCGCGGAACUCGCACCCAGGUCCGGCGGGUUCACCGCCACCGCUGACGAAGAAGACCAAGGUCAAGGUUUACUUUGAAGACGAUAUCUACGCGUUGCUCGUAGCUCCACUGACAACGCUUACCGCGAUCAAGAGUGAUAUAGCAGAGCGGAUCGGUUUGGAGGGGGACGUCGAGAUCCAUGUGAAGGACCGGUAUGAUGCGGAUCCGAAUGAUGGCUUGGUGGCGGAUGACGAGCUGUUGCGGGCGGUGUUGGCUGGUGACAAGGUGAAGCUUGUGAUUGUGGAGAAAUAGGUCAAGUCAGGUGCUGCGAGGCAGUUUGGUGAAGAUUUUUUCGAAGGGCUGUUCGAGGCUUCCGGACGAGACUAAAGCGUCGAAUACCGAAACCUGAAGGACUUAACCAGAAGGGCUUAACCAGAAGGGCUAUUAAUCGGAAAUGCUUACCCAGUCGAAGAUCCUUUGUACUGACAGUUCCUGGAGCUUCAGCUAGAGACAUCGUUGCCUUUUAGGAAGUACCCAGGCUAUAGAAGUAUACCCUAGAAACGGUUCAAGCUAGGUGUUCCCUGGUGAACAUUUCGGGCUAUUGAACGUAGAGAGGACCUAUAACUGAGGCAAUGUCUUAACCCCCAGCUUAUAUUAAUCCACGGAAAGCCUACAACUACCGUUAUUGUGUAAUUAUGCUUAAUUGAAUGUAUCAUCCUUCCA